CAACAUGGCAGUCCCUGUUCAUAUUGACGCCAAACGUCAACAACAUCUCUGAUAGUUUGGCUGUUUGAAAACAUUUCAAGGGCACCAGAAAGGGACAUUUAACAUCAUGAGGGCCCAAAAAAUUGUUAUAAUAUCUAUGGUAGUUAUUUUGAUAAUAUUCAUUGUUGAAGAUUCAGUCGUCGCAGGGAUGUCAUCAUCAGAAAAAGGAGAACUAAGGGACAAAGUUGUGGAAAUGUUUCGGCAUGCUUAUGAUUCGUACAUGAACCAUGCCUUCCCUGCAGACGAGUUGAUGCCCCUGAGCUGUAAAGGUAGAUACAGGGGCACCAUGCCAAGUCGAGGUGAUAUUGACGAUAGCCUUGGAAACUUCACACUUACACUUAUUGACACCUUGGAUACACUAGUGGUCCUGGGUGAAAUUGAAGAAUUUGAAAAGGCAGUCCAUUUAGUUAUUGAACAUGCUAAAUUUGAUAGUGAUAUUAUAGUUUCUGUGUUUGAAACUAAUAUACGUGUACUUGGGGGGUUGUUAGGGGGUCAUGUUGUAGCUACAUUUUUGAAGAAAAAGAAGAAAUCCAUGGAUUGGUAUAAUGAUGAACUUUUAUCAAUGGCCAAAGAGGUUGGGUACAGACUUCUUCCAGCUUUCAAUACAACUACGGGUAUACCUUAUGCUAGGGUUAAUUUAAAACACGGGAUUACCAAAGAACUUACAAGUCAUUGUAAGGACACUUGUACUGCAUGUGCAGGAACUAUGGUGCUGGAGUUUGCAGCUCUAAGUCGCCUCUCAGGAGAGCCAAUAUUUGAGGAGAAGGCCCAUAAAGCCAUGGACUACUUAUGGCAACAGCGACACAGAACCAGUGACUUGGUGGGCACAGUGAUCAACGUCCACAAUGGCGACUGGAUUCGCAGAGAGAGUGGUGUUGGUGCGGGGAUCGACUCCUACUAUGAGUAUGUACUGAAGGCAUACAUCUUACUGGGGGACGACACUUACCUCCAGCGAUUCAACAAGCACUAUGACGCUGUGAUGAAGUACAUUAGUCAAGGACCAAUGUUUGUGGAUGUCCACAUGCACAAACCUCAGUCUAUAUCCAGACAUUUCAUGGACUCACUGCUGGCUUUCUGGCCAGGUUUACAGGUUCUAAAAGGUGACAUAAAACCAGCCAUGGAGACACAUGAGAUGUUGUACCAGAUAAUGCAGAAACACAACUUCUUACCAGAGGCUUUCACAACAGAUUUCCGUGUCCACUGGGGACACCAUCCAUUGAGGCCUGAGUUUGUUGAAUCCACAUACUUCCUCUAUAAGGCCACAGGAGAUCCACACUACCUCAAUGUAGGGAAGGAGGUGAUCAACAACCUCGACACCUACGCCCGUGUCGACUGUGGCUUCGCUGCAAUCAAGGAUGUUACAACUGGAGUACAUGAAGAUCAGAUGGAUUCUUAUGUACUGGCCGAGACGUUUAAAUACCUCUACCUAAUGUUCAGUGAGAAGUCUGAACGUGAACUAGAUAUAGAUGAUUACAUAUUCACCACAGAAGCUCACCUUCUACCUCUCACACUGUCUGUAACCAACAUGACCUCCAGACUCCCAAAGGUAAGGAGUGAAGUGUACCAGGAUAUGGGAGAUUUCAGCGAGAGUUUUGAGAGUAUGUCCCACCAUUCAGACCUUGAGUAUGAAGAGGACAGUAGGUACCACACCUGUCCUAACCUCCAACAUCUGUACCAGGGUACCAACAACUACGCCUUCAACCUUCGCUCCAAGGUCCAGAACAUGGUCGGCAAAUAUAACAUCAACACAAAGAAGGAUGGUCGUAAGCCACGUCUAAGGGCCGCUGACUUCAUAGCUGGUAAUAAAGCACAGCUAGAACUCCUGGUCAUGAUGGGGAUAAAAAUAGCAACAAUGGCUGAUGGACGAGUGCAACUGCUCCACACGGCAGGGGAGGCUGCAAGUCCAGAAGAUGCUGAGGAUGGGAUGAAGUUUAUGCAGGAGAUGAUUGAGCUGUCUCGUCACCAGCAACAAGAAUCUCAACAUGACCCAAUGAUAGUACAGGUUCUCUCUGACCCUUACUUUGGAUCACUGUCAUUCAAAGCUGGACCUGCACAGUUUGGUUACAGUCUGAAAAGUAACCCUCCAAUCCAAGGAGUUGCUGUGAAAGCUGAUCCAUUCAAUGCGUGUAGUAGUAUUACCAACUUUGAGGAGGUGGAAGGGAACAUCGCCAUCAUCGAGCGGGGCAGCUGUAUGUUUGUGGACAAGGCAAGACAGCUGCAAAAAGCAGGAGCUAGAGGGAGCAUUGUUAUAGACAAUACCGAGGGGAGCUCCAGUGAAAGCCAUGCCCUGUUUGCCAUGUCUGGGGAUGGCCAGCAGGAUGUGGAAAUUCCACUUGUGUUUUUGUUCCACAAGGAAGGACAGACAGUCUUAAAACUUCUUCAAGAGUUUCCCGACCUUGAAGUUCUUCUAGGGGAGCGUGAAAUGAAUUCAGAGGCGUUUCUACCCAAGGAGCCACCAUCGGUGAUAGAACAGGAACUGGAAGCUAAUGGUCCCACAUGUGGAGGCAGCACUGACAAGAAAGCUGCUCCUAAGGAGACUGAUGAACCAGAUGUUGUACAAACACCACAAGCAAAGGACACUCGGAAACCUAGCAAACAUCGCAUACACAUACGGGAAACAAGGGAAAGUAGCACGUACAGACUUCCGACAAGUAGCGGACAUGUUCAGCUCGUGGUGGAUGUAGGACGGACUGUUAACAAGCCUCAGCAUCCAAAGAUUGUUGAUAGAGAUGUUAUACAAAUGAAACAUCUAUCAGAUGGUACUAAACAAAUUGUUUUUAAGCUUGAUGAUCUGGCAUCUUCUAAAGUACCAACAACGAAGCCAGAACUCAACCAAAUAUACGUUAGUGUUGUCCAGGUGUUGCAGCAAAGGACAAACUUUGAAACUUUAAGCAAUCAAGCGGAUUAUCUUAUAUCAAUAGCCAGAUUAUUAGAGGCAGCUUAUUUUGGUUUUCAAGUACAUGAUGCUAAUGAUAAUUCUCAGGAAAUGUUUGAUAAAUUAGCCGGAUUGUUAGUGAUAAAACCUUUAAAAUCGCAUGACAAAUCAAGUGAUGACAUUGUGCAGGAAAAACUCCCAAAAAUACAACAUGAAUUUAGUCAUUAUGCAUCUGAAGAAGACUUUGUGGAAGAAAAAACUGGUAAAAUGAAAGAAAAAACUGGUAAGCAUAAAAAACUUCAUGCUAAAAUAAAUACAUUAGAGGAAAUAAUCACAAUAACGGAGGAAGAAGAGGAAGAUUCGGACUCGUCCCAGCUCGCUGGACAAGCUAGGGAUGGAACCUCAACAUUCCAAGAAAACGAAGUCCAAGGAAGUGAGAGAGGUAGCAAUGAGGAGGAAUUUUCUCAAAGUGACAACAUUAUAACAAAUGAGGAGACUUCUCAAAGUGAUUUUCAGGUCGAUAAAAGUACUUUUGGACCAGAUGUACCUGUCCCUGUCUUAGAGCCAAAGAAAGAUCAUAAUAUACAUAUACCUGUAAUUCAAUCAACAAUCACAUCUCAGAAUAAAAAAGAACGGAAAGGCGAGAAAGAAGACACUGGUAACAUGAAUGAACGAGACGAAUUAUGAUACCAAGAUUUUUUACAGUAAUUCUAAGGUCCCUUAACUGUUUAAUGACUUGUGUAUGUCCCAAAAUUCUAUAUAUUAUGAUUAUAUACCGUAAUAAUUAUUUUUACAAUCUUGGAUUGGAAAUAUCAAGGUAGAUUUUAAGUACAUGUAAUUGUAUUCUAAAAGAAAAAUUUUCAGGAUAAGCCUAGUGAUAAUUUUGUUGAAUGAAAAAAGUGAAUAAUUUUAUAAUAUUAUUAUAAAUUAUGUAGUAUAUAUGACGACUAAUAUUGGCAGAAAUGUAUACAUACGUGAUUAUGCAUAUAUUAUAUAUUAGUAAUUUUCCCAUAAAUGUUCCCAAAAUCUAUUGUUAAAACCUAAAUAUUUUAGUAUUUACAUUUUUCCAUACACUGUAAGUGCUUCCAAAUUACUUGAAAAGUUUUCCAUUUAUCAUUGAAGUAGCUGAAAUGAUUCCAGGAAAUUUAUUGAUAGGAUUAUAGAUAUAGUUCAUGUGAUCAAUAGAAUCUUUCAUGGGUCUGUUCCUAUCAACAUUUGUGUAAGAGUAUGUUUGGUCAGUGUGAGGCUUGUUGUUGGUUGAGAUAUCCUUGUCCUAGGAACAGAUCCAUGUGGAAUUAUUUUUAUCACAAAUAUGUACUUUUAAUUAAUUUAGUAGUAUUUAAAUUCAUAUUAAUCUUCGUCCACAAAACCCUAGGGUUGAGAUGGGGGAUACCUCAUUCACAACAAAUGAGUGGCAUCAUGCCAUCAGUGCAAUAUGAUGUCACAUCACCAGUUCAUUGAUAUUAUAUUGUGGUGAGUGCCACCUGUCAUUGUCUACCCCAUGCGAGAUAGAAUUAUUUCUUCUGUAGCGAAUGAUAGGAUCACUCUGUGAAGUAUGUGAGAAAACUGUUUGUGUAUGUUAUUGAAUAUCUACUGAAACAUGAAGUUAUGUGAGAAAACUGUUUGUGUAUGUUAUUGAAUAUCUACUGAAACAUGAAGUUAUGUGAGAAAACUGUUUCUGUAUGUUAUUGAAUAUCUACUGAAACUGAUUAUUGAAAUAUUUUGUUCGGGAAACCUUAUAAGAAAUAUAUCCUGUCAUGAUUCAGUGAGACUUCUUAUCUUUAGUAGUUAAAUGUUCUUGUAAUGAGUAAAUGUUAAAUCUCUUUUGAACAAAGUUAUAACACUUUUUGGUAGUGGAUGUGUAAUCUCCCAUUUGAUAUUUCGGAGAUGUAUUUUUUUAUGAAAAAGUAGUAGGUUUCUACUGAUUUUCUGAAAAAACAAUUCAUAUGAUCCAAAAAAGGUUGUUAUUUUUUUACUGUAUCAGAAAAGUUUCCAAAACGCUACCAGUUAAGAUGUUUGAUAAAGUGAUCAAACUAUUUUCAGUUUUUCAUGCUUCAGUAAACUAGCUGUAUCAAAUUUUACAGCAAAGAAAGCCUCCUCACCACUUUCGAUCAUUUUUUUUUUCACCUGGGGAGGGAGCUUACUUGCUGUGAAUUAUUUCGUCUUUGGGAACUACAUCUUAGUCAAAGUUCACUUUCAUACCUAGUACAUGUAGUUGGUCUCAAUCAACCACAAGGAAUAACAAUGUUUGUGUUUGAUUAAACAUUUUGUGUUAUCCAUGGUUAAUCCACGAUUAUGAUGUAUAAAAUUAGACUAGUCUUGUAUAAACACGUAGUAUUGUAUAGUCACAUGGACAUGGUACAGCUUAUAGAUAUAUCGUAAUGGGAUUUGGAAACUUAACAAACAGUAUGCUAACCUCACAAAUCAACCUGUAUCAUCUCAGUAUUUGAUAUAGCUAAGGUAACAAAAAUACAUGUACUUUAAAACACCACUUUGAAAGUCUUUCUUAAAUGCAAUGCUAUGUUUUUCAAGCUAAUGGUGUUGGUAUACUCCAUCUCAAUCUAAUUAAAAUUAGACUUGUUAUUUCCGCUCCAAUACUCUACGAUACACUGCAAUACAAGAUCUUGUAUUGCAGUGUAUCAUAGAGGAGUGGAAAUCACAAGUAUAAUGUUAAUUAGAUUGACUCCAUAUUCGCGUGUUUACGAAGUAAAUAUUAUGUACACAUUGAUCUGGUAGUAACAUAUAUAUAUAUAUAUAUUGUUGAUUUUGUGAUUGAAGAUUUUUACCUGCAUGUAUCUGUGAACGAUGAUGUGCUGUGUCUUAUGAAUAUUCAUGAAGUCAUGUGAACUUAAUUGUUUUAUUAGAUGUUUAGACAUAAUUAUUGGUCAAAAUGCAGUGCUAGUAUAAAUGUACGUUUGGUGCAGCCAUAAAAGCAAGUUUUGAUAAUAACUUUUGGCCAACACUUGAUAAUCUUGCUCAACAUUUCUUUUUGAACAAGCUAGGUGUAUAUAGUCAAAUAUUAUGAUGGAACCUUGUUGGUCCAGAAAUUUGCUUCGGGUGCUGAUUUACAAUUAAUGAAAACUUCAAAUAUGUUCAUUUUUUUUUAUUCCUGAACUAACAAGGUUUCUGUUAAAUUGAUUUUUCUUAUGUGUGUUAGAUUUUGUGAUGUGCAUGCUUUUUGAAUGUUGUGCUCAUUCACAGCAUAACUGAAGCGUAACUGUGAUCCUAGUACAAUGUACCAGUGAGUUUAUGAUUAUAGUGACAUCGGCAUUACCCAUAAGUCUUAUUGUUGGGUAUGCUUCACUUAAUGUGUAUUUUGUUUUAUGUUAAUCUUGAGCACAAAUCUUUAAUUAAAAUCUUAUAAAAUAGGUAAUACCACUUAACCAGCUUGUGUGGAGCAGAAUAAACAUCCAUUUUGCACUUUCUAAUUUAAAACAUAUAUAUAUACCUACUUGCUGUUAAAUAUAUAUAAUUCGUAUAAAAUAUGUCUGCAUUUGUAUUGUCCUUACUUGUAAAUAUGAUUGAUUACAGUUUUCUCCAGUGAUAUCCUAUUAUUUUCUAUGUUAUAUAUUCCAACUUUAAAAAUAAUUGGGUUCCCUCUAAUUUCACAAUAACUGAAGUGAUACUUGGAUGAAAUGAUUUACGGACAGAAUACUGUGUUGUACAGUAGUUAUUAAAUUUCAUUGGACUAACAUUUCACUGUUGUCCCAGUCUGAACUAGAUUGCGGGUAUUAAAUUUCAGCCUUGUAAACACUCUGCAGAAAACAUUUCUAUUAUACAUUUGUUUGUGUUUUCGUGAACAUAACGAAAUUAAAUCCCCCUGAAUAUCACAAACUAUACAGUAUCCUCUUGACUAAAGUUCUAAUGGGUAUUGUGUAAUGUACAUGUGGUUUUGAAGAAAUCUAGCAUAAAUCUUUAACCAGUAACAUGACUAGUUAUGCCUUGUACCACACAUAUUAUAUAAGGUAUCUUACCUACAUGUACUUAAAUAUAUUUUUACUGAAAAAAGAAAAAAUCCUUCAUCAUACUUAUCUGCAAAUAAGCCCCUGCCUACAAAUAAGCCCCCCCCCCCCCCCCCCCCCCCCCAUCUUUUUAAAAUCCUCAAUUUUAAAAUAGCACCAAAAAAUAUUCCCCCACCCCAUGGUAAUAUCCAGAUGUACUUUAUAUGUAAAGUAACAAAUUGAUUGAUAAAUACAUAUAAAGCCUCCAUGAUGUAAGAUUUUGAUUAAAGUAACAAUAUUUUACAGUCAUAUUAAUUUGUAAGUGUAACAAUAAUGAAAAUAAAGACUGCAUGUCCUCAAAGUUUUGGUGUUAAAAAUACACUUGUAAUGUUUGAACAGUUCAAAGAUGUUAGAGCUAACAUAUAUAUAAACACACUUGAGAUUCAUAACAUUAAAUUUACAGUAACAAAAGCUAAGUGAGGGUCCUAAUCAUGGCAUCCCUUUCCUUCUUAUCUGUUCCAUAGGUUGACAAGUCCCUACAUCCUAUGACAAAGCAUACAUAUUUACUAUGGCAGACAUAAAUGGCUAUCUGUGGAUAUUGAGAGCCUUUCACAACAUAUCAGCUUAAUUAUAUUGGAAGUUGUUCAGGUUAGGUUUACAUGGGUUGUCUUAAAUCGGAUACUUCAAUCGAAACCUAUUUGUACUGUGUGUCAAUGUAUUCUCGUAUAUUGUAGAUUUUUCAUCAAAAUUUUAGUAAUAGCUUUUCCCCUGUACAAUAGUUUUCAAUGCAUACCUGCCUAUAGUAUGUUUGCCUGCCAGUGUUUGCUUUUAAAUGCUUUAUACAUUUAAACUAUGUAUCUUUUAAGUAGUUUAUGCCAUAAAAUUUCAGUGAUCAUGUUAAUGUUUAUUUUCUCAAAAAAAAGAGAGAGAAAGUCUAUGCCAGAAACCUGAAUUAUUACCUCGUCCCAUGCUUUGUGUUGAUUUUUUUUAUUGAUUUAAUGGAACGUAUGUAUUUUUGGUUAUCAAUCCUUAAGAAAUGUUUCUGAAAUGUUGACUGGAAAAUCUUACCUGGAUACAAGCCUGUACCUAUGUAAUCCUGGUACUGGCUACAAUAUACUGCUCGGCUAGAAAGAACUUCUCUUUAUCUCCAUUGCUUGAGCAUAAGACUAGUAAGCCAGAGGUCCGGGCCUGAUCCCAAGUGGACCAUUGAAAUGAGUUUAAAUGAUUAAUUGGUUGGGUGACUCAGUAGUAACACACUCUUCUUUCACCUAGGCGGCCGGGGUUCGAUUCCCUGAUCAGAUAUGAAAAGGUAUGGGGUCACCUGCCCGACAUCAUGAGUUUUCUCCGGGCACUCUUGUUUCUUCCGACACUAAGACCUCUCAUGCACUUCCAGCCGAGCCAACAAGAGUGAUUAAUAUAAGAUGAUAGAACUUGUUUGACAAUUGUUGUAAAGUAAAUAAAGUUUACAAAUUAGAAUAAAGAGACCAUGACCUCUGAUACACCUAAAAACACAACUACCAGUAUGCUAGUUUUCAAUAGUUAAACAAAACUUAAAAUUACUCGCAAAAAACCCCCCCAAAAAAACCAGUAGAGCAUUAUGCCAAAAAUUAGAUACAAUGUAUACAAAAUGUACUUAUAUGUAUCAGGUAUAUGCUAUAUUUGUGACCAGAACACAGGUUCAAUAUCAAAUGUGGAACAGAGUUAACAUCACCUUUUCAAUUGUUGUGCUUUGAGCUUCCAUGAAUAAGAUGUUGCUAAUGUAGAAGGCUUUAUAUUAUCCCAUCAAUGUAGUUUACAACGAAAGCUGAUUGAAUUUUGAUCUAUUCUACCUUUUAGUUUAGCUAGACUUAGUGUGUUCUCAUUAUAGAAGGAUGAGUUUGUUUAAUCUCACAAUGUGUUCAUACAGUUGUUUUACAAUUUGUUAGGUAUAUUUGUUUAAUAUCCAUUCUACAGGAGCCUGAAAAUCAAUUUGGUAGUCCUACUAAUAAGAUAUUUGUACCAUCAUCUACAAAUGGUCAACACUUGUAAUUUGUAUUCACCAAAAACAGUUUUAACAAAACAAGACUGGCAGCUGGCUGUUCUAAUUAUAUCUGCUUACAUAUUAAACUGAUCGCUUGCAUAUCAUUUAAUCAAAGCGGUUAUAAUUAUCUCGCAAUAAUCUAGCUUAUUAAAAAGAAAAAUAUAUUAUUAGCCAGCUCAGGGAACGGAAAUGCAUGUCUCAUACACCGCAAGUAUCCUAGCUAUAGGCAUUAAUGAAUGCCAUAUAAAGUCCGAUAUUUACUAUGAGGUGACCCUUAUAGACAGGUAUUGAAUGUUUAUAAACGACAAAUAUAAGACCUUUGUAGCAAGUUUUAAUAUGUUAAGCGAGCAAUUUAAAAUAACUCGUUCUACAGAAUGUUUUCGUCCAAGCUGUAAUUUCUUGACCACUGCCAAGAUAAAAUUGAUUUUGUUCAAACAUUUUUAACUUGGUUAUACAUGAAAGGUACUUGCCAAUUUAUUUUUUUGUACCGUACAAGAGUAUGCUUUUUAAUCAAUCAGUUUAAUUUCUGAGAAGAAACUAAUAAAACCACUUUUCCAAUCACAAGCACCAUAUUCAAACCCCUAAAUAUUAAAGUACAUUGUAUAUCAAAACAUUUUCAAUGAAGAUGCAUAUAUUUUGCCCCAAUUUAUUUAUUUCUUUGUUGUUUGUAAAUCUCUGUUGUUAUUUAACCAAAUGAAAGAUUUAGUUGCUGUAAGAAAGAAAAUAUUCAUACAUUAUUGUUUCAAGUCUGUUUAGCAAUGCAAGUUGUUAUAAAAAGUAUUCAAUAUGUUUGUAUCCAUCAAGCAAUUAUGUUUUGUCAGUAGUCCUUGUAGAAUCUGAGACAAAGUGUUCACAAAUAUUUCAAAACUUACAGGGCAAUCUACUGUAUUUUGUUGUUGUUAAUUUUUUUUUUUUUUUGUGUGAAGCUUUUCCUCUGAUUUUUUUUUACACACCUAUGCCAUAUAUUGAUGUUACGAACAGAACUAUAUUGUUAUGUGUUGAUAGCUGGAAUGUAUGUUGAAGAGAAAGGAAAGUUGUUUGAUUAUUUCUUGAAAUGAAUGGUUAUUGGGGCAUCCAGAAAGUACUUUUAAAUUAAAAAAUAAUUCUUCAUUAAUUGAAGUUUUUGAAAGCUAACUGAAUUCUCAAACAUCAAGGAGAGAUUUGAUUCAUCUCCGAGUCUAGCCAGGAGUUGGGCCUCACCGUUACUGGCUCGUACAGACUGCUACUAAUUGCGGAGUACUCUGGUAAAAUAUUGUAUAUUGUAAAUGUACAUAUUUAGCGCUGUUCUUAUUUCGGCGCUUUUCGCAUAGAAAGCCUUCCGCUUAAUUAGAUUUUGCCCAGAAAUUUGGGUGCUAAAAUAAAUCUGUUUACACUAUUUUUCCCUACUUCUUGAUGCCUCAAUGGGUGAGAGUCAGUGUGAUCUAAUAUUUGUCUGAAAUAUAAAAACUAUUGAACUCAAUAUUAUGACAUCAUGAAAAAUAAAAGAAUUUAACAGAU